UGAGAGAGAGAGAUAAAGCCCAGGCAAGAACAUUUGCUACAGAUAAGAGGGGGAGAGAGACUGUUGAUUUACUGUAUUAUGACUCUUCCUGGAUUAUUUACCUUCCGCUACAAGGACUUUACUUUGCUCGUUAACAUUCCUCAGGAGAUAGCAGGAGUGGGCUGAUUUGUUGGACACGGUCAUUCAGAGUUGAUGGAUAGCUGAGACCCCGUGAGUGGGGAUAAAAGACAGGUCUGGAGAGACACCCUUCAGACACACCAGUGGACACUGACUGAGUGUUGGGAACCCACAGAAAGGUGGGGGCUUCGGAGACCGAACCAGGAGAUCAGUCAGUAAAGCUCACAGUGCUACAGCAGGGCCGGUGGGGACUUGUGUGUGGGUCCACUCAUGCCAGAGUGACGAGUCCACCACAGAAGAACAGUCUAGCUGAAGACCAGAGGGGUCAUAACUGAAUGGCCACAACUACACGACGGAUUAAGAAAGCCACAAAAGGUUGAGUUGGAUUUAUGGUGAAGGCAGCAGUUCAGAGUAACAUUCUUGUUGGAAGCUCCACAUUCUCUUGGUUUUCAGGGCAAGUCCACGAGUCAAACACAAAUCUACCAACUUUGUCAUCAGCUGCUGAUAAGGUGCCCUUAUAUAGAGUGAGCGUCUGUGGGCUGCGACACAGAUCUCCUGGAGAAGCACAGCAGAAACAGAUUGACUGCAAAGGGACACAGAAAUAAUCUGCCAUACUCAAUAUCAUUUGAGAACACCACCAUGUUUCCCAGAGCAAACCUCCUGCUUCUGGCUGCUGCCUUUCUCACAGGCUGUCGGGCUGAGAUCAAUGGAGAUCAGGUUCGAGAUGCCUUCUGGAAUUACAUCAGCCAAAUGACUGAAGAAGCCCAGGAUAGCGUCGAGCUGAUCCAGAGCUCAGAAAUCGGCCAGCAACUCAAUCACCUUAUUCAGGAUAAUCUGCAGACGGUCAAUGACUAUGCUGAGGAUCUCCGACAGAAGUUGGCUCCUUACACAGAUGGUCUUCAUGAGCGGAUGACAGUAGACAUUGAGAGCCUUCGCCAGCAGAUAAGAGAACAACUGGAAGACCUGAGGGAGAAACUUGCUCCCUUUGCGGAUGGAGUUCAUCAGAAGAUCAGCAGGAACAUUGAAGAAUUUCAUCAGAAGUUGACCCCUUUUGCUGAAGACCUGGGCCAACAGCUGCGUAAGAAUGCAGAGGAACUUCGGCAGAAGUUGACUCCUUUUACUGAAGAGCUACAGGCCAGACUGGAAGUGAGCACAGAGAACCUCAGGGAAGUCCUGACUCCCUACGCUGAAGAGCUCCAGGUGAAGAUUGAUGAAAACAUGGACACCCUCAGGCAGAACGUGGCUGCCAAAGCUGAAGAAUUCCGCUCCAGGUUUAAUGAGAAUGUCCAGGAGCUUCGCAAUAGCUUGGCACCCUAUGCCAAGGAUGUCCAGAUCAAGAUGAACCAACAAAUUGGAGAAAUGUCCCAGAUGGUUGAGCCAUAUGCCGAGAAGCUCCAGGCAAAAGUCAAUGAGCACGUGGAUGUUCUGAACCAAAGGCUGAACCCUUACAUCGUCGAACUGAAAGCUAAACUUAACGAGAACGUGGACCAGAACCUGGGCCCAUUCAUUGAAAAUUUCAACACCAACGUUAACCAGAGAAUCGAGGAGUUCCAUCAGAACCUGGCUCCCUACACUGAGCAGCUGAAACAAAUCAUCAGUCAGAAUGUGAAGGAGAUGCAGGAGAGACUCGUCCUGAAUGGAGCCAAUGUUCAGCAGGAUCUUCAGACCCAGCUCACCGCUCUAUGGGGCAACUUCUGGCAGCAUCUGCAGAACUAAUUCAGAAAUAGAAUGUGGCUCUGUCAAACUGUGUGCCAAGACUAAGGGGUCCUUUUACUUUCUCAAAUGGUAAUAUGCUGAAAGUAUUUAUUGUUUUUCGAGAGAAAAGUAUUAAAAUCAAUGACUGAAAUUUUGGAGUGUGAACUAUAAAA